AUGAGUUAUAUACCACCAUUCCAACGAUUUCACGAUCAGCACAAAGAUGAAAUUAUGAAUGAAUUACCGAGUGCAACAAAACUUCAGUGUCUUCAGGCGAUUUUAGAUAAAUGGGAAACAACACCUGAAUCUGAUCGUGUAGUUUACGAAUUUGAUGAUUUCGAUACGAUGACAUGCAGUGUAGAAGAUAAUGGAGCUGUUUUAAUUAAGCAGCCAUGGUUUCAUUGCAGAACAUGUUGGCCAAAUGACAAGAAGAAAGGAUGUUGUAUUGUUUGCGCUAAAAAAUGCCAUGUCGGACACAAAGUUGAGUUCCUUGGAUGGCAACUUUCUUAUUGCGACUGUGCAUUAUCAGGAAAAUGUCAACAUUAUCAUAAAAAGCCAAUUAAAUUCAAUGACAAGCCUUUCGAAUCAAUUUCAAACAGAUCUAUGAUGUAUAAUGAACCUCAAAUACAUGUUCCAACAGGAAACUUUGGAAUGAAAUUUUAUAAUUCAAAUAAUGAGCCAUUUAUACUUAACUUCAGCAAAAUGAACAUACACCCUCCAAAAAUUACAGAAGACGUGAAAAGAAUUAAAAAUAGCGAAAUUCCACUAUUCCAAAUCGGCAAAUCCAAUAAUUGUUAUAUCCAUCCUAUUUUUGGCCCUCCAACACCGCAUACAGACAACUAG